AUGAGGCUCUACCUGAUCCGACACGCUGAGAGCGAACACAACGUCGCCCAGGUCUAUGCGGGCGUCACAGAUUCGGCGUUGACAAACCAUGGGAUGCUCCAGAUCGAGAAACUCGCAGACUACUUCCGCCAUCAAGGUGUUCAGUUCACUCGUGUCUUCUGCUCUCCCUUGCAACGCGCUCGGGUGACGGCUGAUGCUUUGAAGAAAGAUCAUGAUAGCAAGAUAGUUGUUCCUGAUCUUAGCGAAAAGGAUUUUGGCUCUCUUGAGAGAAAGUCGUGGGUCUCUCCCCCUGCCGCUGAGACGCGGGACGGCUUCGUUCCAACAGAGUCGCAUGAGGAUCUAUCCGCGAGAGCGAAGAAAUUUCUCGAUGACUACUUGCCUCCCGUGUUACAGGAAGGCGAAGAGGGUGAGGCCGUUGCUGUUGUGUCCCAUGGAGUCAUCUUGUCCGUUUUGUGGCGGACGCUGAAGCAAAUGUGUGCCCCUCUCAGCUUCUCUUUCGGUCCACGCGCCUCUCUGGACAGCCAUCCCAUCAUAUGGUCGAACACAGGUUAUCUCGAGCUCGAAAUAGGUAUGAUUCCAGCUAACGAUCAAGAUGGGACGUUGGCUGGCAGUGCCGACUUGUCAGCGAGUCUGAGCAUCAAAGUCCUGGUGAUAAAUGGCCGUCAACAUCUGGUCAGCUUGAAGCGCACUAGGGGUAUUGGAAGCUCGAAGCAUGACCCGAAGCAAAGGAAGAUGGACGCCUUUUUCUCGACCUCCUCGUCACCAUUCAAAAAGGACACCAAGAAAUAA